AUGGCGACAGCAAUGGCAAAGCGCCUUGAAGGCAAGACAAUCCUCGUGACCGGUGCAUCUUCCGGUAUUGGACGAAGCACUGCCAAGGAAUUCGCCCGCACUUCUCCCAAGGACUUGAAGAUCAUCGUGACUGCUAGACGCAUUGAUUCACUGCAGGAGCUGGCUAAGGAGAUUAAGGAGGAAGUCGGUGAGGGCGUCAAGGUGUUGCCUGUGCAGCUGGACGUGAGCAACCCGGAAGAUAUCAAGAAAUUCGUGCCGUCUCUCCCCGAAGAGUUCAAGGAAAUCGAUGUCUUGGUUAACAAUGCAGGCCUUGUUAAGGGAGUUGCUAAGGCUCCGGAAAUUGCACCUGAGGAUAUCAACGUCAUGUUCUCGACCAACGUUACUGGACUGAUCAACAUGACCCAGGCCAUCCUUCCCAUCUUCAAGAAGAGAGCCGACGGUGGUCGCGGAGAUAUCAUCAACAUUGGCAGUAUUGCUGGCCGCGAGGCUUACCCUGGCGGUAGCAUCUAUUGUGCCACGAAGGCGGCUAUCAGAUCUUUCACCGAUGCUUUGAGGAAGGAGCUUAUCGCCACAAGAAUCCGUAUCAUUGAGAUUGAUCCUGGCCAGGUUGAGACGGAAUUCUCCGUUGUGCGGUUCUACGGAGAUAAGGCCAAGGCAGAUGCAGUUUAUGCCGGCUGCGAGCCACUUACACCCGAUGAUAUUGCUGAGGUGGUUGUAUUUGCUGCCGGUCGGCGCGAGAAUGUUGUGAUUGCAGAUACCUUGAUUUUCCCUAGCCACCAGGUAAGUCAAACAUCGCAUACAGGGCUCAACAGCAUAGCUGAUGGCACCGUCACUUAG